UUGAUCUUUUUCUGAGAAAUACUGAAGCAAAUCUCACCUCGUGAUUUCCCAAAUCUAUGAUGCAACUGUGCGGUCUAUUUAUAGAUUGGCUCAUUAUGAAAGAUACCAUAAAUCUGCAUAUUUAUCAGCGCACGUCGUACACGUACAGAUCGAAAGAGAGAAGGAAUGGAAGUAGCUGAUCAUAAGCCUCAUGCAGUUUGUGUUCCAGCUCCGUUUCAAAGCCACAUAAAGGCUAUGCUUAAAUUUUCAAAGCUUCUGCACCACAAAGGCUUUCUCAUAACCUUUGUCAGCACUGAAUUUAACCACCGACGUUUUUUGAAAUCUAGAGGUCCCAACUCCUUAGACAGCUUUCCUGAUUUCCGAUUCGUAACCAUUCCCGACGGCCUCCCUCCAUCGGAUCCCGAUGCCACCCAGGACCUCCCUUCCCUUUGCAAUUCCAUUAUGAAGAACUUCUUGGCUCCUUUUUCCGACUUGCUCACGAAACUCAACACUGCAACCAACCCUCCAGUCACUUGCAUUGUCUCAGAUGGUUUCAUGCCGUUCACUGUCACCGCAGCUCAAGAACUCGGAAUCCCUAUUGCAAUGCUCUUCACUAUCUCUGCUUCCAGCUUAAUGAGUUUUAUGCAUUUCCCUCUUCUCAAGGACAAAGGCUUUACGCCACUAAAAGAUGAGAGCUAUCUAACAAAUGGAUAUCUGGACACAGUUAUAGACUGGAUUCCAGGUAUGGGAGACAUUCGACUAAGGGAUCUUCCAAGCUUUCUUCGAACCACAGAUUCAAAUGAUGUUUUCUUCAAAUAUGUCAGUGAACCAGCAGAGAUAGCUCCCAAAGCUUCAGCAAUCGUUAUUCACACAUUUGAUGCGUUAGAGCAACAAGUUUUGGAUGCUUUCUCCCUCAUGUUUCCUCGUGUAUACGCCAUUGGCCCUCUCCAACUACUGCUCAAUCACUCACAUAAUGAUCAUGACCCUCUGAAAUCAAUUGAGUAUAAUUUAUUGAAAGAAGAAACAGAGUGCCUCCAUUGGCUUAACUCCAAGCCACCCAACUCAGUAGUGUAUGUGAAUUUUGGCAGCUUAAUUGUCAUGACACCACAGCAGCUGGCUGAGUUUGGAUGGGGACUUGCAAAUAGCAAGCAUCCAUUUUUGUGGAUAAUUAGGCCUGAUUUAGUAGUUGGUGAAUCGGCGAUUUUGCCACCGGAGAUCGAAGUAGAAACAAAAGAAAGGGGUCUAAUAGCUGGUUGGUGCCCCCAAGAGGAAGUUCUGAACCACCCCUCAAUUGGAGGGUUCUUGACUCACUGCGGGUGGAAUUCAACCGUUGAAAGUUUGACGGCAGGAGUGCCGAUGCUUUGCUGGCCAUUCUCUUCGGAUCAACAAACAAACUGUAAGUAUAUUUGCGAUGAUUGGGGCAUUGGCAUGGAGAUUGAUAACGGUGUUAAGAGAGAGGAAGUGGAGAAGAUUGUGAAAGAGUUGAUGGAGGGAGAAAAAGGAGAGAAAAUGAAGAAAAGGGUCAUGGAGUGGAAGAAAUUGGCUGAGGAGGCCACUGCUCCACAUGGUUCUUCAUCCAUCAACCUAAACAAUUUGGUGAACCAAGUGCUUUUAUCAAAAGGCUACAUGCAUGUUUAAGAAGGAAGUGAAAGUACAAUAAUAAAGUGUGCAUAUAUGGUGAUAUUUUAUAUGUUGUCAUUUUAAUUUGUUCAAUUUGUUUGUUUUGAUCAACUACAAGUUGGAACUGUUUAUAGUUAUUACUAUAUUUCCAACCUA